AUGCCUGUGAACGUCACUUCAAUCCUCAAGCCUAGCUUUGGGUUCCGAGCAGAGAAAAGAUCACGUCGAAUGCUUAUAGGAGGAAUAUCUGCUGUGUUCUCUACUCCCCAGAAUUGCUUGAACCUUUGUUUACCACAGGUUGAGAAUUCCAGAGACAAAGCUGUCGGUGUCGUCAGAGGAUCCGGCGUCAUUAUCUUCAACAUCAUUGGUAUUGGCAUCUCCAAUGACGCUCACGUCACGCCGACAAAGACUUCAUCUAUGGCGUGA